UUUGUUCUCUGUUAAAUGCUGACAUAUAUUGUUUGUGUUCUCUCCACAGCUCUGUCACCGGGGUCUGAGUACCUGCGCAGUAUCUCGCUGCCGGUGCCGGUGGUGGUGGAGGACACGAGCAGCAGCAGCGAGUACGGGUCCGUCUCCCCUGACAACGACCUCAACACCAACCCCUUCAUCUUCAAGCCCAGCGUGAAGUGCUACAGCGAGAGAGAUGUCAAGGGCCCCAGGUCCCUCUUCCUCAGUAUUCCAGUGGAGAACUUCGAGGACCACAGCGCGCCUCCGUCUCCAGAUGAGAAGGACUCGGGUUUCUUUAUGCUCCGCAAGGACAGCGAGAGACGAGCCACUCUGCACCAGAUCCUGACCGAGGACCGGGACAAGGUGGUGUCCAACCUGAUGGAGGCCAUCGCACAG